AUGGCCAUGGAAAACUACUGCAGUGACAGUGGUGUUUCAAAGGAACGAGCGAAAGAGCUGUUGACAAGUGAGGAGGUCGAGUGGCUUAAAAUCGCGGUGAAAAGCUUUUCGAAGACAAAAUCGAUGGAAACGUUCUGUUCGAAUCUUUUAAAGAUCAUAAGUUCGUCUUCUUCGAGGGUUGAUCAUGACAUUCUCGCUAAAGUUAGGCAAUGCCUUCCUAAGAAUCAAAGAAGCAAGUUCACCCGUUAUUGUAAUGAGCUGCUUAAGACGGAGGCCUUGCGAGGUCAAAGAAGAGUUUUGGCGAGGAACGGAAGCAUCGGAGAAGCUAACGAAUUCAAAAGAGGCAGAGGUUUGGAGAACUUUGCACCGAAUUUUCAAGGUAGCCCAGCUAAGAUGAAGAAGCAAGAUAAAUUAAGACCGUUGAAGAAUAAGAUUGAGAAGAAAGAGGCAAAAAUCGAACGAGCUUCUGCUGAUUGUGCCAAAGACAGAAAACAAUCAAAAAUUACUUCAAAGGCGCAACGAAAAAAAUUGGAUUCACCUUCAAGAUCGGGUAACAAGAUUAUUGUCCUUGAAAGAAAUUCUUUGAAACAAGGUUUUGGAUUCAGGAUACGCGGUGGAAAUUCUCGUGAGCCAUCAAUAACCGUCGCGGAAGUAAAACAAGGCUCUAUUGCUGACCAACAAGGAUUGAAUUAUAGGGAUAAGAUUGUUAGCGUAAAUGAGAAACGUUGCGGGAAGAACGGUAUGAAGAUGAAUGAUUUUAUUCGAAAAAUCAAGGCCUCAAAGGUUCUCCACAUACGAAUUACUCCUGUGCAAAGUUUCUGCGAAGACGUCCGUAGAGCUGAAGAUGUUGGUGAAGCAAAUGGAAGAGAAAGAAGGAAGCAAGAAGAUGAGCUGUUGUCAACUGUUACUGUUUAUCCGGGGGAAGAUGGAUGGCUUGGGUGCUGUAUCAGGGGGUAUGUGUACCAGUUUAAUGAAAUAUCACCAUCCCCUCCCAUCUUAACCUAUCGGAAUUGGUUGGUUCUCUGACUUUUAGGUAGCUUAUUAAACUUUGUGUAGGCACAACCUCGUCCACAGGGCUUUUCCCACCCCUCCCAAUUUCUGUCUGAGGGAAAAAAAAUAUCUGUCACAUGUUUUUAAUUUAUUUAUGAGAGAACACAAAGUCACUAACCAUACAGAUACCUUAUUCAGCGGUACGUACCUCUGUGUAAGUCAAAUAAGGGAAUGCCCUCCCCCCACCUAGGAGUACUCCACUCCAUGCUUCCAAAUGAUCAUAUGUUCAAUGGUUUGAAUACUUACUCAGGUUUUUUUUAAACCAGUGACAUGUUCUGAACAUGUCUUUAUAUUUUAUUUUCUAGUGGCACUGAUUAUGCCUGUGAUGUACAUGUUAUCUCUGUUGAUGCUGGAUCCCCAGCAGAGAUGGCUGGCAUAAAGCCGGGAGAUAUGAUAGUCAAGGUGAGUAUUUCCCAAUGCUGUAAUUCUUAGUCUUACAGGUAAAGAUCCAUACCAGUUUCCAAUGUUUUAAUAAGAUUGCCUGCUGAAAGAUAGCCAAUAUCCUACCUGAAUUCCCAGAAAAAAAAAAGAUUUUUUUGAUAAAUGAAAUAGAAGUGUAAAAUAGAUUAGACUCCAGCCCUGCUGUUAUAGAAUCCCACUUGCCUAGUCCCUGUAUGACAUCUUCUGAGGCCUUUUUGAUCACCCAGAAUAUUGAGGCCUAGUGACAAGCUUAGACUCUCACCAUGAAGGACACUAGCUUGUGGUCCCAAGAAAGACUGCAACUCUGGUAGUUAAUUUUACAGGGUUCAAGUCAGAUUUGUUCUGUUCGUUCUUUUUUAAAAAUUAAAUAAGUGGAUGAAACAAAGCCUGAGGGAAGAUGUAUAUAAUGUGAAAUGAGAUUGAAAGACGGUCUCAUGGACUCAUCCACUUAUUAAAACUAUUUUAAUAUAAUGGUUCUUUUCUCUUCAAUUUUCACAGAUAAAUGGCCUCAGCACCAAGGAUUUGACACAUGUUCAAGUUGUGAGACUUGUCAUAACAUCCGGACUUUCUGUGCAAUUUUCUUUGAUGUGUGGUCGUAAGCAAAGAUCAUCGGGACAGCAAGCCACUAAUGUCCAACAGACACCCCUUAGAACUUACUGUACAAGGCCACAUGAAGCCACUCCUCCACAGAGUCCAUCUGUUAAACAGAUCCGUCCUCCUGGGUACCCACAGCGAACCCAUGGGGUGGCUGAAUCACCUUCACAGCUCCCUCUGGGUGUGUUGUCCUUGGAUUGUUUACCCCCUCCUCCUUACACCCCUGAAGUGCCAUCUAGGCACAGGGUAUUAGCAAGAGGGAGAGUGGAGCCAGUAACCCCAGUGCGAUGUCCUGAAGAACUACAGCAUACCCACUGCAAUCAAGAAGUGCAAGACAUCAUUUUUCAAGAAGAAGAAGAACAAAGCUCCUCUUUAGGACAACAGCAACAACCACAGGGUACCCACUGCAGUCAAGAUUCACAGCAUGCUAGUAACAGAGAUGAGAGAAAACCUGAACGGCAACGGUUACAGAGCUCCUCUUCUGUACAAAAACCAAUUGUCACCAUGGAAAUUAUUGAUUGUGAAGAUAUUAACACUGAUGACGCAGACAUGUUUCAGGAUGUUGGCCAGAUGGGAGAGCAUGAUUCACAUUCAAGUAUUGUGCAACAAAGAAACAAACCAGAAACUGUCAUUGAAGAAACUCAAGAUAACACUUCGCCUUCUUCUUCAAGCCAGUCCACUGCUAGUAGUAAUGGCAGAGAAUGUCUUCUAAGUCAUAUUCAACAGUUUAAUCAGGCAAAUCUCAGGAGUUUAGGAGAUUGUCCACAAAUAAAUGCUUCAAAAAAUAUGUCAUAUUCAUCAGAUGAUUGUUUGCCUCCAGCUACCAACCAGCUCUCUCCUCCACAAGAAAACAGCAGAGAAUCUUUUCUUAGCCAAGUAAGAAAAUUCAACAAAGAAAAACUAAGAAAAUUAUCUGGAUGUCCAGGACAGACUAUUCCUUGUCAGCUUCAGGGUAAUCCCAGUGCAAAUGAAGGCCUGCCUAAAGAUCUCCUACAGUCAGUAGAAACUGAAAAAGAUAGCAUGCAAGUUAAUGAUGUCCAAGAGUGUGUAGAUGCUGACAGUCUUUUUGCUGCACUUGCUCAAGUGAUGCAUAGCAGAGCAAAAGUACUGCAGGAUACUUUAAGCAGCAUAGAGGAAUAUGAUAGUGAUUCAAGUGAUGGCGAAUGGGAACUUUGA